AUUACAGGCCUUCUCAGAAGCUAAUAGAAAACUCUGGCUUGAAGCCACGGAUGGGAAGGAACCGAUUUAUACUCUGCCUGACAUUAUAAGCAAGAAAGAAGAAAUGUAUUUGAAUGAAGCAGGGUUCAAUUUUGUGAGAAACUGCAUUCAAGCUGUGGAAACAAGUGGUAUCACCAUUUUAGGCCUCUACUGAAUAGGAGGAGUGAACUCCAAAGUUCAAAAACUUGUGAAUAUCAUAUUUUCUCCUAAAUCCCCUCCUGAUAUUGAUAUUGAACUGUGGGACAAUAAGACAAUAAUGAGUGGGCUGAAAAACUACCUCAGGUGCUUUGCAGCACCACUGAUGACUUACAAGUUACACAAAGAUUUGUAUCAUUGCUGUUAAAUCUGAUGACCAAAACUACAGGGUGGAGGCUGUACAUGCAUUGGUGUGCACAUUGCCAGAGAAAAACAGAGAGAUGCUGGACAUCUUAAUAAAACAUCUGGUCAAAGUAUCACUGCACAGCCAACAAAAUCUCAUGACUGUCUAAAAUCUUGGUGUCAUAUUUGGCCCAACUCUAAUGAGAGCACAGGAAUAAACUGUGGCUGCUAUGGUGAAUAUUAAAUUUCAGAAUAUUGUGUAGAAAUUCUGAUAGAGCACAAUGAAACAAUUUUUCAUACUGCUCCAGACCCAAGCAUUCCUCUUCCUCAGCCUCAGUCUCGAUCUGGAUCCCAAAGGACAUGAGCAAUCUGCCUCUCUAUAGGCUCUAGGAAGCCCAGAGGGACGUGUACUCCAUGCCUGGCUGAACUUGAUAGUGACUCCUAUAGCAGCAGCACAGACAGCACCCCCAUGGGGAGCAUCAAGUCACUCUCUUCUCUUUCCUCGGAACAAAAUAGCACUACAAACUCAGCUUCCUGCCAGCCCAGGGAGAAAUCUGGAGGGAUUCCUUGGAUUGCAACCCAAUCUUCCAAUGGACAGAAAAGCCUUGGUCUCUGGACAACCAAUCCUGAAUCAAGUUCUAGAGAAGAUGCAACCAAGACAGAUGCAGAAUCAGAUUGCCAGAGUGUUGCUUCGGUCACUAGCCCAGGGGAUGUUUCCCCACCCAUAGACCUAGUCAAGAAAGGGCCUUAUGGGCUUUCAGGACUGAAACGAGCUUCUGCUUCUUCUCUCAGAUCCAUCUCUGCAGCUGAAGGAAACAUGAGCUACAGUGGAUCUAUUCAAAGCUUAACUUCUGUAGGUUCCAAGGAGACACCCAAAGCUUCAAACCCAGAUCUGCCUCCAAAAAUGUGCAGGAGGUUAAGACUAGACACCACCUCAAGCAAUGGCUAUCAGCGUCCUGGCUCAGUAGUGGCAGCAAAAGCUCAACUGUUUGAAAAUGUUGGUUCACCUAAGCCAGUUUCUUCUGGGCACCAAGCCAAAGCCAUGUACUCCUAUAAAGGAGAGCACAGCCUGAGCUUUCCUUCCCACAAGGAGCGAUAUUUUCCAGUGUGGACCCAUCAGUGGAACCAGGAUGGUUAUGAAGACAGCUUAUGAAGACAAAACGGGACUAGUUCCAGAAAAUUAUGUUGUCUUCCUCUACUACCAUUUAGUGGAUGGCAGUAUCUUCACGGUAUCCGGUAACAAAUAACAAGUGCUAUGAUUUUAUCUGACACAGAUACAAGGGGAUCAGCCCACUAAGUGAAAACAGUAAAUUUCUAUCAAGUUCUUCACCAGCAGACUAUGUAGCUCCUUAUUAAUGGAAAAAAAGGUUUAAAUGGUUGGCCAUUCUUUUUUGUUUGGUUUCUUAUUUUAAAAUUUCUUGCUUCUGAAAAAUUUAUUUUUGGAUAAUACGUAACUCUACAGAAUGUCUCUUCCAUAGCAAUUGUAAAGUUUCAAAUACUGUAUUAAGUACUAUAUCCCAGAAAUUUGGAAACCAGAAAUCUGCUGUAUGGAUUUUGAGAUGUGUCCUUUACUGCCUGGCAUUCUCUGAGGAUCUCUGAAACUGCUACUUAAAAAUGUUACUGAAAAGCUGGUUACCUGCCCUUUGGGUGCCACAGUCCUGACCUACUUGUUCUUGACACCUUACAUAUUACUUCAGCGUUCCCCACUAUGCAGACUCUCAGGUAUUAACUGUAUAAAACUCUUUACAUGCUAUUAUAAUCUGCAAUCUCGAUCUCUUCUACUUUAAUGUUUCUAGAAUAGGUUAAAUACACAUAUACACACACAACUAUGCCUGAGAAAAGUUAUGCUUUUACAAAUAAAAAGAAUAGAUUAGCAUUAACGAGUAGGGUGAAUAACAGUAGGCAGAGUCAGAAUCAGAAAUAAAUAUCAGUGAAUCAAAAUAAAAGAAUGAAAAAUAUUCUGUAUUAAAAAUUAUCAAUGUAAUAUAAAAGUCUGAUAAAAGAUUAUUCUUUUUCUUUUACCUCUGACUGUUGACCUCUGUACACUGUAAUAAGGUGUUGCUGGAUGGAACUUCUUGAUCUAGGUCCUUGGUGACCUUAGCAGUAAUAACAGCAUUGCCGGCACCCUAAUUACUCUCUGCUAAAACAGAAGGUAGUUUAUCAAUGUACCAGUCCCUUAGUCUAUACUCGGUUUAAACACGCUUGCCAUUAUCUGGUAUCCUGCUAGAUUAGAACCUCUUAAAAGCAAAUUGGUUUUCUUUCAAAGACCAACCUGACUCCAAAGAGAGAUACGGAAUCCUACUUCUUCUGCUGCAUAAAGAAAUCUCAACUUUCAUUUUACUUGAACACAGACCAAAUUGUUCCUACUUCUGCGUUGUCUGUGAGCUAGUUCUACGGAUGAUCCAUUCAGAUUUAAAGCUUUUUUAUUGCACAGGACGUGGAUAUGAAACCUAACUCUUGUAUCUGAUGGCAAGGCAUAUGUUGUAGCCACAGUACUGGCUAUGGUCCCUUUGCUGAAACAAGUUACAGAAGCACUGAUUCAAGCUGUGUUUGUGCUAGAAGUUUUAAUCUUGUAGAUUUGUGAGGAUGGCUCUUUUUCCUUCAUAAUAGAUUACAUGUGUAAGCAAGUCAGGGCCAUAUACUCGAGACAGGCUAAAGCUGCUUUUCCCUUAAAGUAAGUUUCCUACAGAUAAGGUAUUUAUGAGCAUUGAGAAAGUCAGGACAUGUACUCUAAAUCACACAGAAUGUUAAUUCCACAGGAAGGCAAUGCCAGACAUUGG